GGGGGGCGGAGGCCGCCGUCCCCCCUUCCCGCCGCGGCCCCGCCCCGGGUCUCGCAGGUGGCGGCCGCGGGCGGGCUGCCCGCUCUGCCAUGGCGAGGGACGCCCCGCCGCGCCCGGCCGAGCAGCUCGAACAGGAACACAGGCUCUCGGUUUGCAGCAAGCUAUGCUACGCAAUAGGAGGUGCCCCAAAUCAAGUGGCAGGGAGUGCUGCUGCUUUCUUCCUGCAGAUCUACCUGCUAGAUAUAGCCCAUAUUACUCCAUUUCAUGCCUCUUUGGUGUUGUUCAUUGGCAAAGCCUCAGGUGCAGUUACUGAUCCUGUUGCUGGCUUUUUUAUUAGCAAAAGUAGAUGGACAAAAAUUGGCCGUCUCAUGCCAUGGAUGUUGGCAUGUACACCCUUCACAGUAGCAUCCUAUUUUUUCAUGUGGUACCUGCCUCCUUUUGUAGCAGGAAGAGUUGCAUGGUACCUGACUUUCUAUUGCCUUUUCCAAGCACUGACCACAUUAUUCCAAGUACCGUAUUCUGCUCUCACCAUGUUUCUCAGCACAGACCAGAAGGAGAGAGAUUCUGCAACAGCAUACCGAAUGACCAUGGAGGUGCUUGGGACCUUGAUUGGAGCUGCACUCCAGGGACAAAUUGUGGCCAGUGCUCAUGUCUCUCAUCACUGCACCAUGAAUCUCUCUGUAAACACAACCAGCCAUUUCAUCUCCCUGCAUGAUACUCCCAGCUUUCCUGAACCCUUAGACCCCUUGUCUCAUCAAGCAAAGGUUUAUAUGAUUGCAGCAGGGGUUAUAGGAGGUGUAUAUCUUCUUGGAAUUGUCAUUUUUUUCCUUGGAGUAAAGGAAAAAGACGAUCCUUAUGCCUUAACUUCAGACAAAACAAUUCCUUUUUGUAAGGGGCUUCAACUCACCAUAAAGCAUGGUCCAUAUGUGAAACUUACAGCUGCAUUUCUUCUCAUCUCGACAGGAGUUCAGCUGGAGCAGAGCAACUUUGUCCUAUUCUGCACACAUGCAGCUGAUCUCCGCAAUCACUUCCAGUAUUUAGUGGUUACCAUCUUGGUAUCGGCAGCUGUGAGCAUUCCUUUCUGGCAAAAGAUUCUGCAGCGAUUUGGCAAGAAGUGUGCAGCAUGUGGGAUUUCGUGGAUGAUUCCUUUUGCAGUCAUGCUAGUGACCAUUCCAAACCUGAUCUUGGCAUAUUUUGUUGCCUUUGUCUCAGGCCUGAGCAUUGCGGCAUCUCAGCUGUUGCCAUGGUCAAUGCUGCCUGAUGUUGUUGAUAACUUUCGCCUGCAGAAUCCUCAUGGAAAAGGACAUGAAACCAUUUUCUAUUCUUCUUAUGUUUUCUUCACCAAGAUGUCAGCAGGAAUUGGCUUAGGAAUUUCUGCAGCAGGCCUGGAGUUUACCGGAUACAAACCAGGUGUAUGUAAACAAUCCAAUGAUGUGAUUCUCACACUGAAAAUCCUCAUUGGAGCAGUCCCUGCUAUCCUCAUCAUUGUAGGUUUAUUUAUACUUCUCUUCUACCCAAUUACAGAAGAAAGUCGGAAAGAAACAAAGCUUGCACUUGAGGUGUUAAGAAGGAACCAUAAAAGCACAGAAAACCUUGAUGAACACAGAGAGGACACCUCGGUGUGAAAGCUCUGAAUGCAGUGACUUUCCAAACCCAGCCUCACAUCCCACACACAAAUUCUGUGAGCAUCUUCUGGGUCACUUCCCUGCUCACGUUUUGUCACAAAGGAUAAAGGGUGGUUCUGAUACAGUCAGUGAUGAAUUCAAGAGAGGACAGUCACCACUCAGUAUAUACAUAACUUCAUGCACUGUUCUAAAAUAGACAUAUACAAAUGUUCAGGAAUAGAAUAUAAGCUAUUGAAGUUGUUUUUUUUUUUAAUGAUAGUGCAAACCCGAGGUCUUGUGGCUGCAAGAGGUUCUAUGGGCUUAGGGUUAAGGGAAAAUAAUGUGAAUGUGAUGUACUGGGCAAAUUUUAACUCAGUGGGAUACAUCCUUCUGACCUAAACUGACUGUAAUCUUUGCUAGAAAGGGUAGUCUUCAUCACCCCUUCUGACUAGUUCCUGUGUGAUACAUUUCACCCUCAGAGGCUGGGGUGGUUUUCAAACAUAAUCUCUACAUAUAAAUUGCACACUGGUAUGUUUGGAAAACACUUUGGAAUCCUGAAAUGUGCUACAUAAAGUUAGGAUUUAGUUUCUUUUGAAAUGAAGCAAACCACAGAUGCAGACAUGUUCUGAGAAUUUUUCUCACAAAGAGUUGUUCUGAAAGAGAUUUUGAUAUGAUUUAACUUUAUAGAUUUUAUGUGAAACAUAAGCUUACAUUUCUAAUUACUGUUGAUCUGGAGAUCCUUGUUUCUGACACCUUUACACUGGUCUUUGCCAGAAUGUGAGUACUUGACAUUCUCAAAAAUGACAUCUCCAGUCAAAGUACACCAAAUCUAUAGUCCCUUCCAAAAAAUUAGCCUAUGCAAUAUCAAUUUUUGUAACUUUGGCCUUAAGCCAAAUGCUCAUUUCUACUAUGAUUCACACUGCAGAACACAUUUUGUAGAUAAAAGAAACAGGUAACUUCAGGCACUUUCUGGGGCAUUUAGGUUCAAACUCCAGUCACUCUGAGCUUUUUCUGUAGCCAGUGAAGAGACCGAUACCUCCAGCGGCAGAUUCAAAGCAUGAGCUAAAAUGACUAGGCUCCGAACACAGAUCUCUAGAGUUGGAGGGGAAAGUGGUGAAUCCAAGAGUGGAAGGCUCAUUAAUGUGAGGAAAUUAGCAUAGCACAAGACAAGAAACAAACGUACAGCACACUGCCUUCUCUGUAUCAACACAGGGGGGUGUCUUUGUUUUGUACUAGAAGUGCCUUUAGAGAUACAGCUUGCUACUCUUUGGGAUCAUUUGCCGUAGGCGUCACUGGAGGCAGUGACCACAGAUAGUGUGCUCCAGGCCCUCUGGGAAGUAACUGAUGGUGCUGGGACUGGAAGCUGGGAAGGCUUUCACAGAAAGAUGUUGUGAAGUAAAAUCAGUGCAUCCACUGGGUGUCUCAUUAAGUUUAAUAAUGAAACCUUUUCAGGCAAGUUUGAAGUCUAAGGCCUAAUGAACUGUGCUAAUUGAGCAAAACACUUAAGCCUGAGUGAGUUUUUAAGGCUGUAUUUUGGUGCUCCUAACUGGAUUGUGUGUGGAUAAAAGAGUUUAACUAUGUUCAAGACUUCUGCUGAAUUGAUACCUAAGGCUGUUUUUUUAGUUUCAGUCUUGGAAAUAAAAAGAUUUGUAUGCCUGGGGCAUCUGUGUUUGCAACAAUAAAUACCAUAAGCCUGUUUACAAUUUUGAGUCUAGUAGAAUUUGAAAUAACAGGUAUUCUGCAUUUUGAAACAAGUUAGUUAUGUAGUAAUGUAUUACAUAGCUCAAAACUCCACAGCAAACAAAUUUUUGGGUUGGAUUUAUUCUGUAACGUUUGUGUUUUUCUGAAUAGUCUUCUUUAGAAAGAAAAACAGAUGUCCCUGUAAAGGCUAUUAUUGUUAUUUUUUAAUGGGUUAGAUUUUCAGCUGCUAUAAAUCUGUUGCUGCAUGGCAGCAGAUCUAUGUCAGUUUACAUAAGCCAAAUAUCUAGCCUGGUGAUAAAAGGAUUGCAGAAACUAUCAGCUGAUUGGAGUAUCUUGAAAGUGGUGUAAGACAUUAUUUCUAGAUCAGUUGUGCAGUUGCUUGUAAACUGCACAACACCUGUCUGACUUCAGACUCUAGCAGGAUAAACUUUGUAGAUUCUAAACUCUAUUCCUUUGUUUUCAAAGAGAAAAUGGUGAUAUUUAACUAACAAACAUGCACACAGUUCUCACCCUGCAUAUGGUAGUAUUAAUGGCAAUUGCCAAAAUAAAAUAGAAAAGUUCUAUGGAUUAAAUGUACCAGAGUAUUUUUAUAUUUUGAAAAUGACAAAUUUUUAAUUUGAUUACCAGAGUUGUACUUCUGUUAAUAAAAUGAAUGUAUUUUUUUAAGUAAAAAAAAAGCACUGGAAUGGAAGAAGCAACUGCAAGGUAAGAUUUUUGUAAUUUUGUUUUUGAGGGCUCAGUGCUGGUACUGUAAAAUGAAUGAACUUUUUUCUUUGAAUGAAUGAACUUUUUAUCUUCUUGACACUUUUUAAAAUGAUAUGUACUUGGUAUAUCUGUUCAGACCAUGUGACUGAAAGAAGCAGGUUCUUACAGUGACAACCAUUCAGAUUAAAUACUAAUCUAAUGUAAAUCUUCUGCCUUGCACUCAUUGAUAGUAGCAAGGGCCAGGUUUAAUUCCCAGGGGGUCUCGUUCAAAUAAUACCCAAAUACAAUCCUAAGAAUAUGGGAGAUUGGAUUAAACCAGCUGGGUGCUUAAUGCACUGUAUUUCUCCACUUGCACACAAGCAGUUCCAACAAAUGGAUUUACUCUAAUAGAGGGAGAAAAGAAAAGGGUAGCAGAGUUAUGUGUCACUGGAUAGUCCCCCACAAGGCAAACCAUGCCCGUUCCUUGUCCCUGCUGAAGGAUGCCGAUGGCAGCCCACAUCUUCUGUAAUGGACCAAUUGCUGGUAUAGGCAGUAGCUGAGCUAGUCACUAAUCAUCUCUUCCAGUUUCAUCCCACUUGUUUGUGCCUAAAGUCAGUGUUGAAAAUUCCCAAGGUUAUGCCACCUUCCCAAGCAUUACCGCUGGUAAGCAGGCUCACUGCUAGUCACCGCCGACUGCGUGGGUGAGCUGUCAGCCCUGUCAUUCCCUGUAAGAGGGGGUUGCUGUUAGUCACCGCUGCCAGCUGUGUCCUGCUGACCAUGUUCUCCCACCCUGCUGCUGUCGGUCUGCCCCUUAGCUUGCUGCCCUGCCAUGGCUUAGGUGGAUUAGAUCACCCAUGCUGAAUCCCCCAUUUUAAUAGGUGCAUACCAGUUCAGACAUCUGUCUCUUGGGACUUCACGGAGUGAGGGACCUCAGGUUUCAGGUCACUGGGCUUCCAGGAGGGGCACUGGCGAUUUGAGAGCUAAUUCCUUUAGUCAGUCCUGCACCUUAAAAGAGUCACUGCUAGAUUCAGUCCUUGCUGCAUCCUGAUGUCUCCAUUCACCUUCUGCAUUUCGAGUAAAAUACUUGAAGUGGACAAUGUUUUACAGCCAAACCCUGCUUUUGUGGGCCCAUAGUUUGUUGCCAAGUAUCGUUUCUUCACCUCCUUUUCUACUGUCUUUCUGGCUUGUAGAUAGAAAAUGCAAAAGUAAAUCAUUCUCCUUGAGAAGACCACUGGUGAGGGAAACUUAGGUCCUUUAGUACCUGGUAUUUGUUGUCCAGGUGUUUGAAGACAAGAAAGAGUGGGCAAGUUAGUUCUAAGUCUCUCAUGCAGUAGGGCACAGCCUGUAGCAAUGUAGUGUGUAGUGGUCGAUCACAUACCUUGUAUGAAUUUUUUAUUAUAGUUACAGGAAAAACAAGCUCACAGUGGUACAGCAGAGUCUGUUCCUUCAGCAGACUGCCAAGACUGAUCGACGGAAAGGCCAGCUGAGUUCAUAAAAUUGGCAGGUGAGGGAGUUUUCAUGCAUGUUCUGUUUUCAUGCAGUUUCUUUUUUGAGAUCACAAGUUCUUGGUGAUGCAGUGAAUGCUUUUUUUUUCACCUUAAGUCUCUACAAGACCCUGGUUCAGAUACGUCACCAGGGUGCUGAGUAUUCUGGUUACAAAAUGAGUGUACGUUAUAGGCUUACUGUAUGAACAUAGACAGCUUUCACAUCACUUGGCACCAAAUCUGCUGCAUAAAAUGUAUUCAAAAGAUGAAGAAAAAGCACAUGUCUCCAUCCGCAAGGCAGAGGAGAUUUUUUGCUGUGUUUCACCUGAGAAUAUAGUCUCUGAAGACACAAGCUGGCACAACACAACUGAAAAAAUAAUGGAGAGAGAAUGGUCCCAGAGCUCUGCAGGCAAGGUUCAGCAUAGUUUCAAAGGCUUUUAUAGAGCAGCAUCUCUAACUGUAACCUGAGAGCAGCAGUACAAAAGGGGACCUCACUGAGAGCCUGGAUACUGUAAAACUAGCUGGCAGCAUGUGAAGAAAGCAGUUGGUUGGUUUGAUGGCAGAAAAACAUGGAGCUUUGCUCUUAAAAGUGUGGAAGCAAAAAUAAGAUUUAUUUCUUGUCCCAAAUGACUAAGAAUUUCAGCUACUCCCUUCAGCUCUCUGUCCUCAGUAAUGCUGCAGUCUGCCAUAAACAGUGACGAAGUAUUGCUCAGGUCCUGUGGAGCUGAUAGUUACCUGUUCAGUUUCAGCAGGUGGAAGUACAUCUCUGAGACUGUGGCAGCUAUCCCCUACUUGCCCAUCUUUGCUGAUGCCGUGGAGCCAUUCACAUUCAACACAGGAUCUACAGGAUCUCCCCUGUGCCUGAGUAGCCUCUGUCAAGGACUUUCAUUUCCAAAGGCUAUUUUCACCUGUCUAAGGCCAACUCAGGCCACCAGCUUAUCAUCAUGAUGAUGGAACUAGGUUUAGUUGACAAGUUUCUAUUUUCACAUCUUUGAAAUCAGCUGCAGUCCAUGAUGAAGUAUUUCCUUUGCAUUUCCAAAUCAAACUCAUCCUCUGGCCAUCUUCAAAGUAACCAAGAAGAAUCUGCACAUGUUUGCCACAUCCAGCCGCUUCAGCAAUUCUACCAGUGCUACCCAUGUCAAAUUCAGCAUUUCAGUGGAUACCCGUGCACCAUGACAUACGUGUGUGACAAAUGCACACCUGUGGCCACCUCCACACUCCUCGCAAAGUCUCAGCUGUGCUGAGCUGGCCAGGUAGAGAGAAUGGGAAACUCCAGAAUUCCUGCACUGACUCACUGGGAUGAAAGAAGAGCCAGAGGACAAGCAAACUCCCUCCAAAAUCUCUGAAAUCCUUUCUUAAAGGUUGUUGGAUUGAUAUCAAUGAUUGGGAGGAAAGGCGUUGAAUGCCACAUGCAGUGAAGAGGAAACUCAGAGAAUAACUUGCAUUUUUUUAAUUAUAAGAUAUUCACAUGUUCAGAUUUUGUCCCUCCCUGUUUCACUGUCUGAACCGGUGUUCAUAUAAAAGCAGAUCAAUAGAAAAAGCAGCAACUUGACACAAGAGAUGAUUGGUGACUGCAGCAAACAAGGUGGAAUUUCAUCGCAGCAGGAUGAGUGAUUCCCCAGGAGCUGGACUGUCAGCAGAACCAAUGUUAUAAAGGUUAAGAAAGAUGUAAUUUAAUUGUUCUGGCUGUGCAACUGAAAGAACAAGGAGCUUGAUAGAAGGACUGACAAGCAGUUAGAAAACAUGCUGAGAUGUCUGCAUUAUCAGCAUUGUAGGAUAGAAACGAAUGUGUUUUGGCCAUGGUGCUGCUACUAACUAGCACUGAUUGCAGGCUCAAUGUCUGCAGACAGUAAUAAGCCAAUUAGGAAGCGCCUGAUAGACCCAGUCGAAAAGAUAAGAGCCAGUAGGAGAGCGUAGGUUGUAAUGCUUUAGGAACUAGCACAGAUUAUCCAAAGGAAAGCCAUCGGUCAGUAUUUUCUUUCACCUCUCAGACCCCACUGUGUUCUCGCUGGUUACCAGCCCACAGUAUCAUACUUGCUGUCUGUAGUAUGGCCCCGAGUAAAGGAAGAAAAUGCACUGGGCUGUGCUAAUGCGUACCUGUAGGAGAGUCUGGUCCCCCCCACCCAUAAAACCAUGCCAGCCUUAGCCUAUGCUUGACAUGACAAAUAAGAGAAAUAUUUUGUUGUUACUUUAAUUGUCCAUGGCUCAGAGGAGGGGGAAAAGGAGGAAAGAAAGAAGAAACAGUCAAUGCAAGUGCAAAAAAUCCAUCAAUGUUGGUUGUAAAAUGUUGCUUUGCAAGGGAUUGAUUGAUAAUAUUGGUAACAACCACAGACUUCUUACAGCAACGUGGAAGAGGAAGUGCCCCCUUAAAACAGUCCUUGGUGCCCUCCCGUUUCACUGGUUGCAGACACGCGGUGAAUACAAAUCUGGCACAAGCAGCCUACAAAUGGCCAGAGUGGAGCAGAGCAGGAAAGCAAAGUGGCUCCUUAAACAGCGCCUCGUUUCCUGGGCCUCUAUCACUGCCUUGUGCAGCAGUCAUCGGAAUCAGACACUUUUCACUGUCCGCAGAAAUGACAUGGAAAGCUUUAACUGUGGUUGCCAAUAAAGAACAUUAUUACUUCUCA